UCUGAGGUGGCGGCCAUGGGGCCCUCGAGUUGGCGGUUGGUGGUCGCGGCUGGCGCGGGUCUCGCGCUGGCCAUGGAGGCGCUGCCGUGGCUGGUGCGUUGGCUGCUGGCCGGGCGGCGACCACGGCGCGAAGUGCUCUUCUUCCCAUCGCAGGUGACCUGCACCGAGGCCCUACUUCAGGCCCCGGGCUUGCCCCCGGGGCCCUCCUCGGGCUGCCCGUGCAGCCUCCCCCACAGCGAGAGCUCGCUGAGCCGCCUGCUGCGCGCGCUGUUGGCCGCCCGCUCCAGCCUGGAGCUCUGCCUCUUUGCCUUCUCCAGCCCGCAGCUGGGGCGCGCUGUGCAGCUGCUGCACCAGCGUGGGGUGCGCGUGCGGGUCAUCACCGACUGCGACUACAUGGCCCUCAACGGUUCGCAGAUUGGCCUGCUGCGCAAGGCAGGUAUUCAGGUACGGCACGACCAGGACCUAGGCUACAUGCAUCAUAAGUUUGCCAUCGUUGACAAGAAGGUGCUCAUCACUGGCUCCCUCAAUUGGACCACACAGGCCAUCCAGAACAACCGUGAGAACGUUCUGAUUAUGGAGGACACUGAGUAUGUGCGGCUGUUCCUGGAGGAGUUUGAGCGCAUCUGGGAAGAAUUUGACCCCACCAAGUACAGCUUUUUCCCUCAAAAGCAGCGCGGGCACUGAUCCUGCUUUGUCUUGCUGUCCUCCAGCUUGUCCUUGUGAUGUUCCCUGCCACCCUGCAUCUGGCAGGGGUGCAGCUGAUAGUCUUCCUGUCCUUGCAUCCCCACUGGAAGUCAGGAGGAGGUGGCAGUGUGGCAGUGCUGUAGGCUGUUUUACUGCGCAGCUGCCUCUACAGGCAGGCUAUCCUCUUUAAGUGGCCUCUGGGCAUCACUGGACAAGCCUGAGAGUACUGACCCUCUGCUACUGGCCUUGUCUCCCUGCAGUGUUAGUCACUGGUAAGAAUACCAGUUGGCCAUGCCUGUAGUUGUGCCCAGGCCUUGCCUUUAAUUUUGCACACCCCUCACAUUUAGAGCAAUAUUGUGGACUUCAGAGUGACCUCGUCUCUAGCACCUGUGGACUCAGUGGAUUCACUCCUGGCUUUUUGGUCAGUAUUGGAUCAGGAGUUGAAGAGGGAGGACUGGAGGUAAGCGGAGCCGCCCAGGCUGUGAUCUCGGCUCUGGUGGAUGUUCACAGGCAGACAGGGGAACAGAUUUCACAUGCAUCUGUGACAUGUUUCAGAUUAUUUUUUUAUGUUCUUUUACAUGCAAGUAGGUCAAGUGAUAGAGCUAUGUAUGGUUUUGUCAUUGUUCAUGCUUGUGUGUAUCAUAAGCUCCAUGUGGCCUCAGUCUGAGUGGAUGAAGUGUCUGGGAGCUCAUGCCACCAUUAGCAGCCGAUACUGCUCAAUGCAUAUGUUUUCUCUUAUUUUUGUAUGUGUUCAGGGGGUGGGUAAGGUCUCACCAUGUGGCCAUGGCUGGCCUGGAACUCACUAUGUAGACCAGGCUGGUCUCCAAUUCACAGAGAUCUGUCUGACUCUGCCUCAGAUACUGGGAUUAUAGGCAUGUACCACAAUGCCCAGCUGUUUUCAUCCUUUUUAAUGUUACCUUUUAACUUAGUGUUAGACAAACUUGAUGUUGAUUUUCCAAGAUUUAACAGAAACUGUAAAGUAUAAUAACCUCAGAAGUAGUUAUGUUGGGCAAGUUUCUUCUCUUCUGGAGCCUGUAAAUUCUUAAGUGUGUCCUGGAAGGAGUGUAUGUAUGUGGUUGGGGAGGGUUGUGUGUGUGUGCGUGUGUAUGUGUAAGAUCACAAAGUGUUCCUUGAGUGACAAUGCCAUCGGGGACCCUGAACUUCUGGCAUAUUUCAAUAAAUAUUACUUUAGAAUAUG